UAAAUAUUUUUACGACACUUUUAUUAUGAUUUUGUUGUUAAUUUGAAUUAUAAUAUUUAUUAUGAGUUUUAUUAGACAUUUAAAAGAUAAGUCAAAUGACGUGAAAUACUUAUAACUAAAAAAAAGUGUCAAAUGUUUGGCAAAACUACUUAAUGACUGAAUUCAAUGAAAUGAUGUCUUCGUUAUUAUCACUAAAUCAUAUCAAUUAAGUCAUAAUUCAAACCAUAACUCAUGACAUAUACUCAAUGAUGUCAAGAGAGACACCACUCAUGUCUUUGUCAUUAUAUCCGCGUUGAGUGCCAUUCAAUAAUCUGUAGAUUGUCUUCUUCUGUGUUGAUCUACUAUCACCUCAAAGUCAUGUCAAAGAGCAGAAGUAAUCACUCGUACACACCAUUAGUGUCGACUCCAAGAUUUGAUUCGCGACUAUUACUGAGGGCUUUGAUUGCCUUUAAUAUUGUUUUAGCAGUUUAUAACAUAAUCACUCUUCAGUCGACAACCACUUCCAGUAAAUCCAAUCCUUGUCUUAUUGUUAUCAAUACAUCCAAACAAACGGCUACUAAUCACAAAAAUGAAUCGGAUGAAAGUGUGGUCAAUCACAACAUCAAUCCGACUGACAAUAAAGAGAGCAAACAAAUUGAAGGCAUAAUUCAAGACAAUAGUGAUUCACUUUUAGAUAAACAAAGUCUUUCUUCGAAUACAAUUGAAGAACAAUUGGUUGAUUCAAACGUUGAUAAAGAAGUAGCCAUUUGGUGGUCAACCGAAACUCGCGGGUCAUAUACUGUGCUUAAAAAUUAUAUACCGAGCAGUGAAACACCUGAUAGGAUGAGGAACGUAACGCUGACAACUCAGGGCACGUAUUCAUUCCUCUAUCACUUGGAGAACCUCUGUAUCCGAUGGGACGGCUUUAUCUCUGUCGGUGUCUACGCUCCUGGUCUUGACUUUCCAUUAGCUGUCAAUUUGAUAUAUUAUCUCCGCAAAUGUGGUCACCAAUGUGUUAGUGCUAAGACUACGUGGCAUAUGGUUUACGAUAGUCUACACAGUCCUCAUUCCAACACUUCUUUGCCCUCCAGUUAUGUAGAGGACAUGAACUUUGAUUGUUUGCAGUCUUUUGAUAAUAUUGUCAGCAAAUUCAAUACAACCUUCAGGAGUGAUCAUUCUCUUCCAUAUCCAAUAAAUGUUGUCCGAAAUGUCGCUCGACUUAACUCACAAACAAAAUAUAUAUUUGCUUCCGAUAUAGAGCUCUAUCCCAGUGUUGAUAUUGUUUCGGGUUUUAUGCGAUUACACGAUAGGAUUAGUUCAGGUUUAGUGCCUAACAUUAACUUAACUCAUCCACUCGUUUACGUGAUUCCCAUCUUUGAAGUUAAGGCUAACAUUGAGCCACCAAUGAAUAAGUCUCAGCUUAAGACUCUUAUAAAAUCAGGUAAUGCCAUAUUUUUUCACAAAUGGGUUUGUGAUGCCUGUCAGAACUUUCCCGAUAGAGAUAAGUGGAUUGAUGUGAUUUCCGAAAAUAAUUCAUUGAAUAUAUUUCGGGUCACUCGUAGGACACGGACACGAAAUUAUUGGGAACCUCUAUAUAUAGGUACUAACGAUGAGCCACUUUAUGAUGAGAGACUCACAUGGGAUGGCAAACGGGAUAAAAUGUCACAGAUGUAUGAGAUGUGUCUUCGAGGCUAUGAUUUGGGUAUUUUAGACAACGCUUUCUUAGUUCACGCGCCGGGUAUUAAACAUAUCGAUCCUAAAGAAGAAAAAAAACGAUUGCCUUUUAUUAAGAGAAAUAAUAUGAUAUAUAAUACAAUACUCGCAAAACUUAGAAGAAAAUAUGGCACUAAAAACCAAUGUUAAUAUUAAAAUAUUUACAAUUAUUAUUAUU